AUGCAGUUCUCCAUUGCCAAGGUUGCCUCCCUCUUCGUGCUCCUCUCCGUCGCUUCUGCCGACUUGCACGACAACUGCGCCUGCCACAACGGCGACAGCUACAACUGGCGCAUCACCACCAAGGCUUGCGAGCUCUACAGCUCCAAGAACUACGAGUGGGGCGUCGGCGUCUACGACGAGGCUUCUGGACGCUGCGUCAAGAAGACCGACAACGACCAGAUUGCCGGCAAGGAGUGGGAGGCUGCCUGCCGUGAGGUCGCCACCGGCGAGGGCUUCGCCUGCGCCGACGGCAAGGGUCUCUACUGCAAGGCCGACUCCGACUCCGUCCGCGGCCGCUGCUAA